UUGUGAUCUUCGAGAUCCCUCUGGACAAGUCUCGGUAAUGGGAGUCAUGUGAUCGCGUCAUUCAGCUCCGACUCUCAUGGUCGCGUUCGACGAGACAUAUUUGCUUCUUCUACUCUCGGACAGCAACCUUCCGACGGGAUCCUUUGUAGCCUCAUCCGGCCUUGAAUCCUUCCUCACACAUGGUUUCGGGACACCGUUAUCGACGAGCCGUAAUCUGGCCGGCCAGAAGAUGGAUACAAUCGCGGUGUUCAUCCGGGACAGCCUAUCUACCUACGCACCCAGCGCGCUUCCCUUCGUUUCAGACGCACAUUCUGUUGUCUCCGAUCUGUGCAACAGUGGACAGAGUGUCGACGCUACCUUGGGGCUGAUGAACCAACUCGAAGCCCUGUACGAAUCGAUGAUGCUAAACGAUGUCGCGAGAAGAGCAUCAAAGUCGCAGGGAGUUGCACUCUUGUCCUUAUACUCGAAGGGGUUCUCGAGGCCAAGCGGAAUGUCAGUCACUCGUUCAGAGCCAGAGAAAGAAUCGGGGGAUAUCAGUGUGCUGGUCGACCGAUUCAAACUGAUGGUACGGCGCGGCGAUCCCGACGCCCAUGGUCACCUUUCGACCUGCUGGGGACUCUUAUGCGCUGCGUUAGGCCUGUCAUUAGAUCGAGCGCAGCACCUCCACCUCUAUCUUCACGCCCGGUCGCUUCUCUCUGCCGCAGUUCGACUCAACUCGAUUGGUCCCUACGCUGCUCAGCAGAUAAUACUUUAUUCUGUCGAAAGCAUAGUCGAUCAAGAACUCCAGAGGUGUGCGCAUUUGCGUACUGGCAUAAUGCCACGAGAGAGAGAGGACAGCACUUGGGAUGCAGCACUGAGUGGGCCUGCUAGCACCUGGCCGCUGGGCGAGAUUCUGGCUGCGAGACAUGAUCUACAGCACUCCCGCAUUUUCAACAGCUAGUGAUCCGCAAACCAUUGUCUCAUGAUCAGCCAGUCUUGACCCGACUGUGUAGAGCCAAGCGUCUGUGUGUUCUUGGCACGUGGCGGCGGCGACUUCCCGGGAGCGCGGGAUAGAACGGAAGCCAGGGAGCCAAAUCCCAGUCUCGGGAACAGCGACAACACAAACAGGACUUGCGGUCGUGCCUAGUAGAAAGAGCAGCAGUUCCACGACAUUGUUUAGCUCAGUUGACGUGUUUGUAUGGAGACGUGCAGGCCGCGCAGGGUGGUGGUGCGCGUGGUGCUGGGCGACCUUACUGGGAGAACAUGACUCGUGGGCCCUGGUUUCAGGACUCGCGGAAGAUUUCUUGAUUAGCAGACUGAAAGCAUUGUGAUAGUGUGGUGCGGAUACAGGAUUGACUAGGUAGCAGGAUACUCAACUCGACGUGCAGGAGGGAUUUGAUCAUCAUCGAGCGCGACCUGGAAGUUGUACUAGAACAGUCGUCUGACUCGGGCCGUGCCACUUUCCACUUGAACUGGGCCAAGUUGAUCUCCCCGCCGAUGCUUUCGAAUUUGUCCACCAUAUCCUUCAGAACGUUUCGGUCCCAGGGAGACUCCGCGUGCUGAGUUUCAGGCCAAUUUUGGGGAACGGUGCGAGUCGGAAAGAGCAGGGGCCGAGUUGUUACUGCAGUGAGGUCACUGUCGUCUUCGGAUUCGUCGUCAAUGACUGCAACACGGAUCUAAUCAGUUCUUUGAUGCAAAACCCAUCCGAAAACGCUCACAGAUUGGGCUUGGAAUGCCGUAUAAGUAUUUGAACGACAUGGAAAAGAUUAAUGCCGCGUUAUAGCUGGGGCCCCCCGGCCUCUGAAUCAAUGUCUGAUACUUAGGCAAGGGGGUGACAGCAUCCUUGAAUUCUGCAGCCGUAAUCGUGUAGCCUACGAGGAAAGGAAAUGAUGGUUUCGCGCGAGUGCGCCGUUUUGACUUCGGAGUAGAGGGAGACAUGUUAG